GCAGGGUAUUAAACAAUAUUAGAGGAAACCGACAUCAAGUCCUAUAAUUUCCACGCAGCUGGUUGGAAAAGCAGUUGUCACUGCCCUCUGGGUGCAGCAUGGCAUUUGGACUUGGUGUUCUCUGCCUGUUACUAUGGGCAAUAACAGGUUCCUAUUGUGAGCAGUGCAGAGAAGGAGCCACGUACGCAGGUGCAGUAAUAUCUCCCAACUUAGAGACUGCUAAAAUUAUGCGAGUUCCUCAUGCUACGUCGGUGUCUGACUGCAUCACAGCGUGCUGUGACCUCUCAGGUUGUGACUUGUCCUGGAUGUUUGAACGGCGCUGUUACAUUGUGAACUGCCAACACAAAGAGAACUGUGAACCUAAAAAAAUUGAAACGGUAAAGUCCUAUCUAAUCUUUGUGCUGAGGCCUUCUCAGAGGCCAGCCUCGCUACUGGGAUUUGGACAGGUGAUCCCAAGCAUGGUCCACUCUGUGGGACGCCAGAAUGAGCCAUCUGAGGAGGUGAGUAGCCUGAAGGAGCUGUCUUUGCUUGGCAAAGAUCUCAGCCUUGAGGAGAUACCUGAAUACAUAGAUGACUAUAAGGACUUGGAGCAGGACCCCUUCCAGGUGAGCAUCAAACAUAAACAGAAGGAGAGCACAGAUUAUGCUGACUGGGGCCUGAUGGUGGCAGGUGAAAAUGGCUUCAACUCUUCAGUGGUUGAUGAUGGAGAUAACCAGGAAGACUUUGCUGAAAAGGAAGAGGAAGCUGUAAAAGUGGAAGGCCUUCUGAAUAAAAACAGCUCUGAAGUGAGCUCUGUUAGUGAACAGCGCUACAUAGAGAGGUUGUCUUCUCUCACAGAGAUUACACCAUUACCUGGGAAGACAUCUGGAAGCAGAGCAGCUGUUCAGCUGCUUGCACAACCUGAUGAUGCUUUGCAAGAAGAGGUUCCUACGCAUUCCCUUCUUUCAGACGAAGUGGAAUUCUCCCCAGGUGUGUCAGAGAAAACCCAGACUCCCACAGUGGCCCCAGAGAACAUCACUGAAGGUGGGGUCAUGCUGCUUCCCACUAAUGUUGUGCCAUCUGAGCCCAUGCAGCAGUUCCCAACUCCUGCUAAUGCUCCUAAAGCAGAUAUGGUAAAAGAACUUACUGUAUCUGCUGGAGAUAACAUACAAGUGAUGCUACCCAAAAAUGAGGUUGAACUGAAUGCCUUUGUUGUCCCGCCACCGCCUACAGAAACAGCCUACAACUAUGAGUGGAGCUUAAUCAGUCACCCUGCUGACUAUGGUGGUGAAAUGGAGCACAGGUACACCCAGACACUGAAGCUGUCUCAUUUAUCGGUGGGACUUUAUGCCUUCAAAGUGACGGUUUCUGGUGAAAAUGCCUUUGGAGAAGGUUUUGUAAAUGUCACUGUCAAACCAGCAAUCAGAGUUAAUCAACCACCUGUUGCUGUUGCUUCACCCAAAGUACAAGAAGUUUCUUUGCCUACAACUUCCACCUUCAUUGAUGGCAGUCAAAGUAUAGAUGAUAUGAAGAUAGUGAGUUAUCACUGGGAGGAAAUUAAAGGCCCUUUGCGAGAGCAGAAGGCAUCUGCUAACACACCUGUCUUGCACUUGUCUAAGCUUGUUCCUGGAAACUACACUUUCAGGCUCACAGUGAUUGAUUCAGAUGGAGCAGCCAACUCCACAAUUGCAUCUCUGACUGUCAACAAACCAGUGGAUUACCCACCUAUUGCUAAUGCAGGACCUAAUCAGGCAGUCACCUUGCCCCAAAACUUCAUCACACUGAAUGGAAACCAGAGCAGUGAUGACCAUGAAAUUGUCAGCUAUGAGUGGUCACUCAGUCCCAAAAGCAAAGGCAAGGUGGUAGCAAUGCAGGGAGUGCGGACUCCGUACCUCCAGUUAUCUGCAAUGCAGGAAGGAGAUUAUACUUUUCAGCUGACUGUCACAGACUCGGCAAGGCAGCGCUCCACAGCUGAGGUCACUCUGAUAGUACAGCCUGAAAAUAACAGUCCUCCAAUAGCAGUGGCUGGCCCUGACAAGGAAUUGACCUUCCCAGUAGAAAGUACAACACUGGAUGGAAGCAGAAGCCAAGAUGACCAAGGCAUUGUCUUCUAUCACUGGGAAAAUAUCAGUGGGCCAAGCUUUGUACAAAUGGAAAAUGGUGACAAAGCAGUAGCAACUGUGACUGGUCUUCGGGUUGGCACCUAUCGCUUCAGGCUGACAGUAAAAGACCAGCAGGGUUUAAGCAGUGCAUCUGUGCUGUCAAUUACUGUGAAGGAAGAAAACAACAGUCCACCCCGGGCACAUGCUGGUGGGAAGCAUGUGCUGGUGCUUCCCAAUAACUCUGUUACUUUGGAUGGCUCAAGAUCUUCCGAUGACCAGGGGAUUGUGUCAUAUUUGUGGAUCCGGGAUGGUCAAAGCCCAGCAGCUGGGGAUGUGAUCCGUGGCUCAGACCGUGAGGCAGUACUGCAGCUAACCAAUCUGGUGGAAGGAACCUAUACUUUUCACUUGAAAGUGACAGAUGCCAAAGGAGAUUCAGAUAUUGACUCUGCUACUGUUGAAGUGCGGCCUGAUCCCAAAAGGAGUGGUCUGGUGGAGCUGAUUUUGCAAGUUGGAGUGGGACAGCUGAGUGAACAGCAGAAGGACACCCUGGUGAGACAGCUGGCUGUAUUACUGAAUGUCUUGGAUUCAGAUAUCAAAGUUCAGAAGAUACAAGCCUACUCAGAUAUAAGCACUGCAGUUGUAUUCUAUGUCCAGAACGGGCAUCCUUCCAAGGUGUUCAAGGCAUCAGAUGUCUCUCGAACUCUGCAUGUGCAGCUUUUGAAAGAGAAGGCUGACUUUCUGCUUUUUAAAGUCUUGCGGGUUGACACGGCUGCAUGUCUUUUAAAAUGCUCUGGACAUGGACACUGUGACCCUAUAACAAAGCGCUGCAUUUGCUACCAGCUGUGGAUGGAAAACUUGAUUCAUCGUUACCUAAAUGAUGGCGAGAGUAAUUGUGAGUGGAGUAUACUCUAUGUGACUCUAUCUGCUUUUAUUUUGAUUGUGGUCACAAUAGGGCUUGCCUGGUUCUGCAUCUGCUGCUGCAAAAGCAGAAAGAGGACAAAGAUAAGAAAGAAAACAAAAUAUACCAUCCUAGAUAACAUAGAUGAGCAGGAGAGAAUGGAGCUGCGACCCAAAUAUGGUAUAAAACACAGAAGUACAGAACACAACUCCAGUCUGAUGGUCUCCGAAUCAGAGUUUGACAGUGAUCAGGACACUAUCUUCAGCAGAGAAAAGAUUGAAAGAGAGAAUCCUAAAACCCUUUUGAAUGGAUCAAUCAGAAAUGGAGUUUCUUUCCACUACAACUCCAAAGACAGAUAA